CUGUUCUGUUGGCGUUCAUACAGACUAUUUUGAUAUCCAGUUGAUCGUUUGUAUGCUUUUAUAAAACUUCCAAUGAAAUAAAUCAAACCUCGCAUCUGUUAACGCUUUAUUUUUUAAUGAAGAUGAUUAUUUGGGAGAUGUUUUACCUCAUUUUAUUGUGCACAGUGUCGUGUGCAGCAGAUGAUGAGAUGGUGUUUAUUCCUGGUGGGAAGAUGGUAAUGGGAACAAGUGCUGCUGAUGGGAGAGAUGGAGAAUCACCAACACGUGCUGUGACUCUCCAGCCAUUCAAGAUGGACAAAUAUCCUGUCACCAACUCUAACUUCAGGGAAUUCGUCAGACUGCAGAAAUAUAAAACAGAGGCUGAAACAUUUGGCUGGAGUUUUGUGUUCCAGGAUUUUGUAUCUGAGGAACUGAAAAGUAAAGUCACUCAGAAGAUUGAGUCUGCGCCUUGGUGGUUACCAGUUGAAAAAGUAUUCUGGAGACAGCCAGCAGGACCAGGCUCUGGUAUCAAGGACAGACUGGAUUGUCCUGUGGUGCAGGUCAGCUGGAAUGAUGCCCAAGCUUACUGUCAGUGGAAGAAGAAGAGACUGCCAACUGAGGAAGAGUGGGAAAUGGCUGCCCGUGGAGGACUAGAAGGCAGGUCAUAUCCAUGGGGCAACAAGUUCUUGCUGAACCGGACUAACCUGUGGCAGGGCCCGUUUCCUGAUAGGGACUCUGCUGAAGAUGGCUAUCAUGGUGUCGCUCCUAUAACUGCAUAUCCUCCACAGAAUAACUAUGGUCUGUAUGAUAUGCUGGGUAAUGUGUGGGAAUGGACUUCCUCCAGUUUUCCUGGAGCUCAGAGCAUGUUUGUGCUGCGUGGAGCGUCCUGGAUCGACACAGCCGACGGAUCAGCCAACCACAGAGCUCGUGUCACCACUAGGAUGGGAAACACACCAGAUUCAGCCUCUGAUAACCUUGGCUUUCGCUGUGCUAUGAACUCCAAUGCCGAACAGAAAAGAACUGAGCUUUAAGAAGCAGAUAUUCAAGACUAGAUGAUGCCAGUGGUGGCGGUUCAUUCCGACCCCUGAUAAAUCAGAGACUAAGCCGAACAAAAAUGAAUGAAUAAAUGAUGCCUGUGGUGCAUUCACAGAACAUUUCUCCUGUGGAGAAAAACAAUUCUGGAAUUUAAUGUUGUAUCUGUUUUUUUAAUGCUGUUUUCUUUAGUUUUCUUUAUUAAAAUCUUCAGACUUUC